CGGAUCAAAUCAAUAUGGCUGUUCAUAGCAUAUACAUGCGUUUUCUUUCGAUAAAGUGUAGAACCGCCUACAAUUAAACGUUUUAAUAAUAUUUUUUAUUGAAAACAAAGCCCCUAUUUGUAUCAGAUAAAUAUUUUUUUUGUUUAAACAUGGCUGAAAAUAUACCAGUGUUAGAAGGAUUUAUAUGUCCUAUGUGUAUGACCGAAUUUAAAGCACCAGAUGAUUUACAUAGACACUUUGAAGAAUUUCAUAAUGAUAAUUCAGAGUUUCUUAAAUCUUUUAAAGAUUUAAUUGACAAGGCUAAGAAGAAAAUUUUAAAACAAGAUGAAAUACCAGAAGAUUUUUCCUGUACAACAAAUAAUGAAAAACAAAAGUUAGAAAUCAGUAGGGAACAACAAGAAGCAGGUGUAACUAAAUCGCACACAAUAUAUUUCAAAGAAAUAAGAUUCAAGAGAUUAGAACGUUAUGAAUCAGAAACAAACAAAUUAAAAAUAAGAUUGAAUAAACUAUUAAAUAAUUUGCCAUCUGAUCCAGUCGAUAGAAAAAGACACGAGCAAUGUAUAGUGCCAUGGAUAGAUGAAACAGUUGUCAAUUUGUGUCCUACUUGUGCUAAAAAAUUUCAUGUUGCUAGAAGAAAACACCAUUGUAGACUUUGCGGAGCUAUCAUGUGUCAUAAUUGUACUUUUUAUUUGUCACUAUUAGAUGCUCGAAAAAUGACAAGCCCUGUUUCUAUACAAGGUGAUUCUGCUGUUCCUCCAACAUCCUCUCAAAAAGAUUUUUCAGAACGUGUAUUAAGCGCAGAUAUGGGACUUACAAAAUUGGCAAGAUCCCCAUCAAGCGGUAGCUUGAAUAGUGUUUUAGCUUUAAUCAAUGAUUCUAAUACAGAACACCACUUCAAGAUCUGUACGCAUUGUAUGAAUGUACUUGAUGCUAAAGAAAGACAGAAAGAAAAACAAUUUCAUAAACCAAUAGUAUGUCAAUUUUAUCAAAAAAUGAAAUCACACAUGGAAGAAACUAUACAGAUACUAGCAAUGUAUAAUAAAAUGAGCGAAUCUUUAAGAGAAGGAGAGUCUACUUAUGAUUUACAAGAAGCUCAAACAUUACGUCUUAAGAUUGCAAAAUUGGGCGAGAAUAUAGAUACAAUUAGUAAAACAAUUUUAGUUCUUGGUACAAGAGAUGUGGAAAAUUCGCCUCAAGGGCAAGAACUUAGAUUGCAUCAAAUGGUUAGGGCGAGUGCAAUGAUAUUUUUAAAAGAACAAUUACUAUCGAUACAAUCGUUGCCUUCGAUAGAAGAAUAUGCCGCACUACAAGAAGAACGUCAAAAACGAAUAGAACGUAAGGCUAACUAUGAACAGAGAUUACAAAAACAGAAAUGGAAAUCGAAUGAACAGUAUAAGACAGACACGCGAAGUUUGGAAAGUGAUUCACUUGUAAAAGAAUGCCAACAACAAAUGGUUUUGGAAGAAGGUUGGAGUCCAUCUAAUAACACUCCUAUGAUGUCUUAUUCUAUGGAUCCAUUCAUUGAACAAAUGAGUAAUUUAAAAGCAUUUAUAAUACAAGCUGAAGCAGAUGGUAAAUAUGAUAUAGCAGCUACUCUAGAAAGUAAUCUUAAAGAUCUGCAAAGUCACUAUUUUACUACAAAAGAAAGUAAUGACACCGAAUAAUAAAGGAAAGCUACAAUGUUCCUAAGACAAACUUUAAAGUAAUCCUCUGAUAUGUGAUAUGUGUUUUAUAUUUUCUUUUUUACAAGACACGAAUUGUACCUUUCAUUAGUAAAGUAAAAUGUAUGUAAUAUGAAAGAAUCGUGUUUUAAAUAAUUAUGUAAUAUUAUUGGAAACAUAUUAACCUGAUAAUUGGGGAAGUCAGAUUAAUUUGUUACGAAGAUUUAAUUCAUUUCACAUAACUAAAGAAUAAAUAAAUCAUUUGCACUUCUCAUUUCUUUUAAGAAAGCAUUCUGUCUUCAUCUAUACUUAUUUAUAUUUGUUCGAUCGAAAAUUUCCCCAUUUAACAAGUUAAUAUUCAUCAAACUCGGAUUUAUGAUGUUAGUGAUUUUGUUAAUUUAUGAUAAAUAAUUGUAUUGUACUUCUUACUUUUGGAAUACAUGUAUAAUAUUUUACUGGAGUAAUAAUGUACAUGCAAGUAUAUAAAAUAUAUAUGAAAAUUUAAUUAACAUACA